AAAAACUAUUUCCCCCUAAUGAAUAUGUAAUUGAGCGAGGCUUUUGAAGCCUCGAACUGGCUCACAGGUGAUGACGUUCCGGUUGGCAGACAGUUGGUAGCAGUUGGUCACCAGACAUUACAGUGAGAGCUCCGGGCAGACUACAAUGACCAACGAGAACAUAAAGUGGCUGCGGCCGGCGACGCCCCUGGAAGAACUGUUCGAAGCGAGGAAUCGGCAGGGCACGUUCCUCUCGGUCUACGUCAUGAAACUAGGCUCUGCUGCUCCUCUGGAGCCCCACACUGUCAAACAAGCCCUCCUCCACCUCUACAGGAAGGUGCCGAACCUCAGAGCAUGUUUCGGUAGUUUUGAAGACCAGACUUGGUUCAAAGAGUCGACCAACGACAACAUCGACUUCAAGGUGGUGACAGAUGAGGACAUGGAGGGAGUCAUGACGAGUCUAAGGACUUGUCACUACAAAUCCUUCGAAGGGCCACUAUGGUGUGCCAGGUUCCUGCCCGACGCCAGUCCUGAGGUACCCGCCGCCAGCCCUGAGGGGCCCGAUGCCAGCCCUGAGGAACCCGCCACUGGGCCGGACGCUAGCCCUGAGGGGCCCGACGCCAGCCCUGAGGGACACGCCGCUGGGCCCGACGCCAGCCCUGAGGGACCCGCCGCUGGACCCGGCGCCAGCCCUGAGGGACCCGCCGCUGGGCCAGACGCCAGCCCUGAGGGGCCCGACGCUGGGCCAGACGCCAGCCCUGAGGGACCCGCCGCUGGGCCAGACGCCAGCCCUGAGGGGCCCGACGCCAGCCCUGAGGGACCCGCCGCUGGGCCCGACGCCAGCCCUGAGGGACCCGCAACUAAACCCGUAGCUGGACCCGACGCCAGCCCUGAGGGACCCGCCGCUGGACCCGACGCCAGCCCUGAGAGACCCGCCGCUGGACCCGACGCCAGCCCUGAGGGGCCGGACGCCAGCCCUGAGGGACCCGCCGCUGGACCCGACGCCAGCCCUGAGAGACCCGCCGCUGGACUCGACGCCAGCCCUGAGGGGCCGGACGCCAGCCCUGAGGGGCCGGACGCCAGCCCUGAGGGACACGCCGCUGGGCCGGACGCCAGCCCUGAGGGACCCGCCGCUGGGCCGGACGCCAGCCCUGAGGGGCCCGACGCCAGCCCUGAGGGACCCGCCGCUGGGCCCGACGCCAGCCCUGAGGGACCCGACGCCAGCCCUGAGGGACUCGUAGCUGGACCCGACGCCAGCCCUGAGGGACCCGCCGCUGGACCCGACGCCAGCCCUGAGAGACCCGCCGCUGGACCCGACGCCAGCCCUGAGGGACACGCCGCUGGGCCCGACGCCAGCCCUGAGGGACCUGCCGCUGGGCCGGACGCCAGCCCUGAGGGGCCCGAUGCCAGCCCUGAGGGACCCGCCGCUGGGCCCGACGCCAGCCUUGAGGGACCCGACGCCAGCCCUGAGGGACCCGCAACUAAACCCGUAGCUGGACCCGACGCCAGCCCUGAGGGACCCGCCACUAAACCUGCCGCUGGGCCCGACGCCAGCCCUGAGGGACCCGCCGCUGGACCCGACGCCAGCCCUGAGGGACCCGACGCCAGCCCUGAGGGACCCGCCGCUGGGCCCGACGCCAGCCCUGAAGGACCCGCCGCUGGGCCCGACGCCAGCCCUGAGGGGCCAGACGCCAGCCCUGAGGGACCCGCCGCUUCGUCGUCCCUAUCAUCACAGGACAGUAAUUCUACAUUACCAUCUCGAUCCUUGAACACUUCUCUUACUCCAGCCCCCUUGACCGGCAUCAAUGGCACGUCUUGCCCUACCUUCACCGCCACGCUGAUCUUGGUGAGUGGCUCCUCGUCCCCCGACCUACCCACAGCUGGCUCUCUUAAAGUCUCUCCACCCGCAGCUCGAUACACAAGUUCAGCUCCGGUGUCGCCAUUAUGUGGCCUUAGCCCGUUUAGCCCAACUUCACUUGGUUCUGCCCGGAGGUCGCCGUCGGGUGCUAGUGAAGCUUCAUCCUGGUCUUCCCAUGUGGAGGAGAGGUCGUCGUUGCCCUACACGAGUCACCUGGCUCUUGGUCUACACAACAGUGUUGCUGAUGGCUUCACGGCUAUGAAGAUCUGUGGGUUCAUCGUGAAACUUCUAAACGACGUCAUCGCGGGCACGCCUAUUGAUGAGCAGCAACUUGGUGAAUUUGCCACUUGGGAAACCUCUUGGAUGGCUUGGGGGAUAAAGGAAGUUAAAGACGGAGAUGAUACUUUACUGAUUCAGACACUGAAGGAAGAGUUAAAAGCUAAGAAAAAGUGCAAGUCGGAAGUGAAAGCUCUCUUCAGAGUGCCGGAAGAUCCUGAAGGAAAGGCGUGCCACAUUACUCGCACCCUUGACCUUGCCUCUACAAAGAACUUCCUCGAGAAGUGCCACUCGCAAGGAGUAAGGCUUCAUUCAGUCUUCUGCGCUUUGGCCAACGUGGCUUUCGUGGACCUCUUGGUGGAGAGGGACGUUGUUCGCAACUCCUCCGUCAUCUGUAGCAGCCACUACAGCAACCUGCGACGCUAUUGGAAGAGCGACUCUUCUCUAGGUCUCGGCUGCAACAUUGCACCCUUCCAUCUAUGUGUAGAUACAAAGUCUGACGAAACUAGAGACUUCUGGAGCUAUGUGCGGUCUUUCCAAGAGAACUUGGAGAAGGCCUUGGAUCAUGCCACAAUGCGGAGAGAGUCUUCAGCGUUUCAGAUAUUCGUCCCUGAAGUAUUGGACCAUAGGCAGGUUUUACUGGAACCAUGGCCUUUUGAGACCGAUUAUUACACAUCCAACAUGGGUGACGUGACGGCCCUUGUAACGGAGGGAGGUCCACACGUGUAUCCGGAACACCUGGUGUCCUCUACAUCGAUCAAUAAGUUAAGCUUUGGAUUUUCUCACGUAUUUCACACCUUCAGGGGCCGCUUUAUCCACACCUUGGACUACAACACACAGCUUGUCACAGAGACGGUAGCAGAAGAGUACUGCAACAGGUUGUUUAAAAAACUACAUGAAGUAAUAAACGGCUAGGGAAAAUGUGUACCAUCUUCUUGCACAUGCCAGAUCUAUCUGGUUGGGUACUACUUGAUCAACGCAAAUUGAUGGAUAACUGUAAAUAUUUGUGUAGUGGCGUGUCCACUUCCUAAAAUUAGUGCUGUAAACUUUAAAGUAUUGCAGGCUGUUUGUAUCAGUUAGGAUGGAAUUAGGGGUUGC